CCGACUCGCCACACUUCUUCCGCAAGCUGGAAGCCAGCAUCAGCCAAGCGCAAGGGACCUCAGAGCAGAAUUCCGCUUGAGUCUAGACAGAUUCUCGAGGAUGAGUUCGCCACGAACCCUUAUCCUUGCUCCUGGGAGUAUGACAUAAUCGCUCACCAGGCCAAUCUUGGCGUGAAGAAAGUUCGCAACUGGUUCAACAAUACUCGGGCGAGGAAGAAGGACCUUGAAUCUACCGCUCGACAAGGACCGCACGAGAGUCCGCACGAGAGUCCGCACACUCUCAACCCGAAGCUCUCAAAAGACAGCCUGAAGGCACUCGAUCAUCAAGCGGAUAAAGCCGUCGAACCACCCCAGCCACCCUUGGCACUCUACCUUGCGCAAUCCUAUCAAGAGGAAGGUGCUGAGCUUAUUGACAUACAAGCUGCCAUGGACAGCGAUUCCUUCAGCGGUAGCGGUUAUUCUGAUAGAGGCGUGUGGCCAGCGUCGAGAAGGGGGUCCGCGGUCGAUUCGAUUGUGUCAUCUGAGGGCACCGCGCCAACGACGUAUACUGUCUCUUCGAACGGUAGUCGUAGCAAUGUCUCCUCGUUCGGUCGUGAGCGACGGCGUGGUCGAAGACGGAUGGCUUGGAAAGAGUCCCCUCAUACGCGCUCGAUCAAUGGCGUCAACAGCGCUGGUCAGCCUCAACAAGACUUGCCCUUCUUCUGCACCUUCUGUCCACGAGCGUUCAAGACAAAGUACGAAUGGAUCCGGCAUGAAGACUCAGUACACGCCCUUCGCACAACCUGGAUAUGCUGCGACACUAGAAACGCACCUCUACAGUCAUGCCCAUUCUGUGGUCAAAUGCAUCCUGACGAUGCUCAUAUGGCAACUCAUAAGUAUCAGCAAUGCCGAUCCAAACCUGAGGAGCAAAGGACAUUCUACCGUCGCGACCACUUCGUGCAGCAUCUGCAUCACGUCCACUUCGCCAACGCCAAACAUCCGUCGGUACGUGUAGGAUGUCAAGCGCGCCUGCUUGCAACAGAAGGGCACAACUUUGGCUGCAAAGACCUCUCGCUGAAGUGGCGAAAGUUCGGCGCGCCUAUGAAGAAGGACGACCCCAUGCUCCACUGCGGGUUCUGUGGCAAGAGGUCCAAAGAUUGGUCAGAGCGUUGCGAACAUGUUGCUGAGCACUUGACUGCUCGCGAGCUCAACAGAUCCGUAUGGUGGCCAGAAAGAAGAGAGAAUCAUCUCGAGAACCUCUACUCCACCACACCUUUCGAAUCAUUCCGUUGCCGCUACUGUUUAAAGGUUUUCACGGACAUACAGGCUAUGAAUGAACACUCGCAUUGUCGCGUAUGGAGCUGUCGAUUCCUGCGGAGCUUCGACGAUGUAGCUGCUGAAAAUGCCGGUCCACCACUUUGUCAGGAUUUCCCCUCCGCCAAAGCUCACCACUGUCAUCUAUGUGGGGCCGGUUAUCGUGCCGUGCAUGUCGAGCACGCUCAGAACUACCACAGAUACCGGUCUUGUAACCAGGAGUUUUACGAAUCAGAUGAAGCUUUCCUUCAACACUUGCACAACUUCCAUGGCGCGUCCCAGCCUGCGUUGUUGCGAGGUAACCCUGUCAUAGAGCAGACCUUCAUGCGAAAUAAGGGAGCCUCAUUCGAACCCAUCGAGUUCAACGAGAUCACGCAGCCGUGUCACAUAGAACUGACGGUAACACCGCUGACGCCCUUCACUGUCGAGCAGCCAUCUUUCAACACGCCUAGCAGCGACAGAAAGGACCACAAGCAGCACAAGAAGCACUCCCCUGUACGAAAGCAGCCUGUCACUACAAGUACACAACAACCUACAGAAGCGUCGAAACCGUCAAGGCAGCGGUCAGACACAGCCACAACCAAGGCAGAUCCGCAUGAACCUCGAUUUCUUCGACUUAGUACUUACGUACCGUUUGUAUCAUCGCGCAUCUUCUAUUCGCGCACUUCCAGGUCCUCUGAACUACCAAGGGACAGCCAAGCCGUGCUCGAAGAAAUGCCAAAGCCGCACCUUACUACCUUGGUUAUGAGUGCAGGACUCAUCAGCAUGGCUGUGACACGAUGGGUCAUCAGACCAGAGAGGCGUUUUAAAGAGGGUAUGGUCGAGCUUGUUCUUGACGAG